AAUUGGCGGUUCUACCCUUGGAUCGUGCGGUGUGCGGGUCAUUUCGUGUCAGGCUUGAGGACUUUCGUUAACUUUCGAUUUUUCGAACCACCGAGAAAACGGCACCGUUUUACUGAGAAACGCUCUUGGGCAGAGGGAGAGAGAGAGAGAAACGUUAUUCAGGUAGUUUAUCUUCGUCAUCGUCGUUCGCUCCUCAAUCACCAUCCAAAUCUUCCCUUAUUUUUUCUUUUCCUGUCGGAUUCUCACUCUUGGCUAGGGUCGAAGAUGAAUAUUUGUACGGCAGCAGCAACCAGCAGCAGUUGCACCUCCACAACUAGCUCGAUUCUGGUUUUCCUCUCAUCAUCAUUCUCCAAUUCUACCAAAACCAAGUUCCUCUCUUCAGUUUCUAGAUUCUCUUCCAAGCGUAUUUACUCCUUCCCUCAAACUCACCGACGUGUUGCUGUUUGCAAGCCCUCGAUGAACUUGUUGAACAGACUUGGGUUUGGUAGUAUGAGGGCUUCUGAGAAUAUGGAUUCUUCAAUUCCUCAAGGUCCAGAUGAUGACAUACCUGCACCAGGCCAGCAGUUUGCCCAGUUUGGUGGUGGUUGCUUUUGGGGUGUUGAAUUAGCCUUUCAAAGGGUGCCUGGGGUAACUAAGACUGAGGUUGGGUACAGUCAGGGAUAUUUGCACAACCCAACCUAUGAGGAUAUUUGUACCGGGACCACAAACCACUCAGAGGUCGUCAGGGUCCAAUAUGACCCCAAAGAAUGCAGCUAUGACACUUUGCUUGAUGUGUUUUGGGAUAAGCACGAUCCUACCACUCCAAAUCGACAGGGAAAUGAUGUGGGAACACAAUACAGAUCUGGAUUAUACUAUUACACGCCUGAACAAGAGAAGGCAGCCCGAGAGUCGGUGGAAAGACAACAGAAGAAGUUGAACAGGAAGAUCGUUACAGAGAUUCUUCCCGCCAAGAAGUUCUACCGGGCAGAAGAAUACCAUCAGCAAUACCUUGCGAAAGGAGGUAGAUUCGGUUUCAAGCAGUCUGCUGCUAAAGGGUGCAACGAUCCAAUUCGAUGCUAUGGCUAAGAUUGUGAAUGUUACUAUAAGGAGCAAAAGUACCAGUUCCUGGGUGCUGCAUGUCUAUAGCUUGUGAUGUUAAGUAUCUGUCUUUUUUUUUUUUUUUAGCCAGUGGAGUUGGAAUGCUGUGUUGUUUAAACCUUUUUAAUAUUUUUGGUAAUGGCGUGUGAUAGAAAUAGAGAUGAGGUGGAAAAAAGUCUUAGAAUUGAAAAUGAUAGAAGUCUAGAUGCAUGAGGUGUGAAUGCAAGUCAGUUGUUAUGUCUGUUUCAUUAGUUCAUUGAGGCUGACUCUUUCUUGUAAUUCACUGUGGUACUUUGAGAAGGGAAUAGUCCCUAAGGAACAAAGCAAUAAAUUGAAUUUAUAGUAGUUGGCAUUAUUGGUUUA